GUGCACACAUAACAGAGUUUAUGCGAAAUAUUUGAAUUAUUUUCGAGGGUGUUUUUAAAGGUUACUUAGUUCGCAGCCUUUUCAUUCCCAAAGUUAAUAAUUGAACAAAUUUAAGUGAAUUCUUAAGUUUUAAGUUACGAAUUUAUUGUGUGAAAAGGCGAAAGGUCGAAGAUCUCGACUGGGAGAUACCCUGUGAGAGGAUUUUCAAGCUCGCAAAAGUAUCUUCCUAUCGAUUGCUUUAAAAUUUAGUAGAUUGGCAGAACUGUAGUACGUGCAUGCUCUAAUUUAAGACAAGUACGUCAUGCACGAGUUGAGGGCGGAAAAACGGCGAGUCAUCCAAGAAAACCGUAACAAAACGGCGACCUAUAAAUACACAUCACCCACAACACUCGACUUAUUCAAGAAAGAACUACGGCCAAGAUGUUGAGCAAGCUUGUGCCCCGCAUCACAGCCAAGCCACUGACGGAGAGGAUUCAGUCCCGCGAUGCCCUUGUCUACUUGGAUCGAGUAAAGAAGCUCUGGGGCUGGAGAGCCGCCGAGGAUGAGCAGUGGAGGAUACUCUAUAAUAUCUGGGCUUUUGUCUGGAACAUGCUGCUGCUCGUCCUGCUGCCGUUGUCGAUGUCCAUGGAGUAUGUGCAGAGGUUUAAAAACUUCUCGCCGGGAGAGUUCUUUGGCUCCCUGGAGAUCUGUGUGGACAUGUAUGGCUGUUCCCUGAAGUGCGUCUACACCAUGUUUGGUUUCAAGAGAUUUCAAGCAGCCAAGACACUGCUUGAUCGCCUGGACCUGCGCUGCACCAGCGACGAGGAACGCGCCAGUGUGCACCGCUACGUGGCUCUGGCGAACCGCUGCUAUGUGACAUACCACAUCCUAUACUCGGGAUUCGUGGUUAUCAAUUGGACGGGCUACCUCCUGUUGGGCAGCCACGCCUGGCGGAUGUACCUCCCUGGGCUGGACUCUGAGCGAAACUUUCUGGUGACCAGUUUCUUCGAGCUACUGCUGAUGAGCGGCGUGGUUACCAUGAACCAGUGCACGGACGUCUCUCCUCUGGCCCACAUGCUAAUGGCUCGCUGCCACAUAGGUCUGCUCAAGGAUCGCUUGACCAAACUACACUCGGAUCCCAGCAAAUCUGAGGAGGACCACCAGGAGGAUCUGAAUAGAUGCAUCCAGGACCAUUCCGUGAUACUGGACUAUGUGAAUCUUCUGCGGCCCGUCUACUCGGCCACCAUUUUCGUGCAGUUCCUCUUAAUUGGCCUGGUUCUGGGCCUGUCCAUGAUCCACGUCAUGUUCUUUUCCAACUUCUGGACAGGCAUCGGCACCAUGUGCUUCAUGUUCGAUGUGUGCCUGGAAACCUUUCCGUUCUGCUACUUGUGCAACAUAAUCACCGGUGAUUGCCAGGAUCUAGCGGACAGUCUGUUCCAAUCGAAUUGGAUGGCAGCCAGUCGCAGAUACAAGUCCACGUUGGUCUACUUUCUGCACAACCUCCAGCAGCCGAUUGUCCUCACAGCUGGCGGGAUUUUUCCCAUCUGCAUGCAGACCAAUUUAUCGAUGGCGAAGAUGGCCUUUUCUGUGGUCACCAUAAUAAAACAAUUCAAUCUGGCGGAUAAGUUUCAGUAGGAAAACACAACCGAACUUGACUAGACCUUGCAAACAUUUAUUUAUUAUGUAAUGAUGUAGAAAUUUUGUCACAAAAAUGUUAAAUAAAGGAAGUAGACCCAAUAGAACCUGUA